ACCGCCGCACGCCGGGCCUGCCGGGCCUGCCGGGGGCUGCCGGGCCUGCCGGGCCUCCCCCCGUCCCAGUGCCGCCCCGCCCCGCCCCGCCCCGCCCCGCCCCGCCCCCCCCGUCGCUCUUUUCCUUUCAGUUUUUCCGGGCGGAGAGCCGCCGGCCCGGCCCGGACAUGGAGGAUGGCACCGUCUACAACAACACCACGGAACCGCAGGCGAAGUCUCCCCGCCGCUGCCCCCGCAUCGGCUUCACCCUGCGGCGCCUGUGGGGAUGGCGGCUGCCGGUCAAGGUGGUCCAGACGCUUUUCUCUUUUGCAGCGCUUGUUUGUGAAGAAAUCGUGGACGAUUGCACCUCUUGUCAUGGACUUUACAUAUUUGAAUUCAUAAGCUGCAGUGCCUUUCUUUUGAGCCUCCUGAUUCUGUGUGCAUAUUGCACUGAUUUAUAUGAAUCACUGGGGGAAGAUACAGUGCAGAAACUGAAUUUUUGGACUGUGCCAGUCAUAGGUGUCUUGUUUCUGCUAGCUUCAAUAGUAUUUUCUGCAACGUGCUCUGGCUCUCCUGUUGAAAUUGCUGCAUGUGUAUUUGGAUUUUUCUCAACUUUGGCAUUUGCAGCUGAGUUUGGUGUAGAGCUGUUUCUCAGGCGAAAACAGAAACGCACUGAUGAGCCCUCUGGACUUCCUGCUAAAACUCGAAGUGCCAAAGAAAAUCGGCCAUUGAAUAAAAAACGCUAACUUCCUGAAAA